GGUUGGUUUGAAGCAUCAGUUUCGAAGUAUUUUCAGAACAAUACAAACGUGGAAUCUGCGUCUGGCUGUGCAGUGACAUACACGGCUCUUUUUGCAAGUUCUCUUUGUGAAGCAACUUAACUAACCACCAACUUCUCAUCAUGUCUGGACGCGGAAAGGGAGGCAAAGUGAAGGGAAAGGCAAAGUCCCGCUCCAACCGGGCCGGGCUGCAGUUCCCGGUCGGCCGUAUCCACCGACUGCUGCGCAAGGGCAACUACGCGGAGCGCGUCGGAGCGGGCGCGCCCGUCUAUCUGGCCGCGGUCAUGGAGUACCUGGCGGCGGAAGUGCUCGAGCUGGCGGGUAACGCGGCCCGCGACAACAAGAAGACGCGCAUCAUCCCGCGCCAUCUGCAGCUGGCCAUCCGCAACGACGAGGAGCUGAACAAGCUGCUGUCCGGGGUGACCAUCGCCCAGGGCGGCGUGCUGCCCAACAUCCAGGCCGUGCUGCUGCCCAAGAAGACGGAGAAGAAGGCUUAAGCUGGGGUGUGCGGACUCUGCGUGGGAUAUACAUCUCUAUGGACACGAACGCUUUGGAAAACAGGCCUACGACACCCGAAACCUCGCUACGACACAAAACGCCCUUAUCAGGGCGACGAGAUGCAUUUCUCAAGAGCUACUUUCGUUUCAUUGCGUUUGGGAUGGGGUGGGAGAAGGGGGAGAGGUAGAUGGUUGUACGCUUCUCUUUGCAACGGAGCAGGCAGUGCAAUGGUAGGCGAUGGCGCAGCUGAUGCAGAAAAAUGUCAAAAUGCGCGCUGCCGUUUAUACAGCCAUGUUGUACGAUUCACCGUCAGCGCUGCUCAUGAACGAAUUAAUGCAACUUGUGGCCGUGUUUGAACAGACCGUUGAAUGAUACGGUGGGUAGGAUGCAUUUGCAGGGGAUCCGUUCGAUAUCACAACCAUAUUCCGAUGUCAAUAAAAAUCUAUUUAAAUACA